ACAAAAUUCCCUCAAUCACCACAUAUUGAACAACCACAACCAGACUGCUAUUUAUUUGAGCAGAUCAGAAAUCUUAUGGGAUGACUGGCUCCUUUGCCCUUCAUACACUCUCAAGAUUUCCUCCCUCUUCAAACACAAAAUUUCUUUCCACUCUCAAAAUGAGCUCGGAUUCGUCAUCAGCCUCAGCCAAAUCUGUGAAUGUGCGGGUGAAGGGCGUAGUGCAGGGUGUGUUUUACCGGAAAUGGACGACGGAAAACGCCCAGCAACUGGGUUUAAAGGGUUGGGUUCGUAACAGAAGGGACGGAACAGUUGAGGCGCUCUUUUCUGGGGACACUAAAUCUGUUGAUGAUAUGCUGGAAAGAUGCAAACGAGGGCCGCCUGCAGCAAUUGUAACGGGAGUUGAUGUUAACCCUUCUCAGGAAACCGUGGGCGAAACCUUUGACAUGAAACCUACUCAGUUUGAUUCAGCUGGCCAUUAUUUUUGGAUGUUUCCCGUCUUCCGCCAUUUUAAGCGAUUUUCAAAUUUUCUUUUUUAGUUCUGUAAUUCAUUGGAGACACGAUAAUUAUUUCAGGCUAGCUGUACUUUAACAGUUGCAUUGAUCUAUUUUUAUGUUAUUAGACAUCAAUAUACUUUCUUUCUUUUUCCAUAAAUGAUAAACCUAGACAACUGAAGGAGACUGAGAGUUACAGCUCGAAUAAGGAAAACUAUAAAGAUUUUUUUGUUUGAAAAUAAAUGGUUGGUGAAUCUUUUUCAUACAAUUACUUAUAUUAUAGGCUUAUUUGAAGGAAACAGAGUAUUUACAGUUUGGUAGUUCUAAUAACUUGAAAUUCUUGAUGAAUAUUUAAGAAAAAAUACCAAGUGGCAAAUUAAUUUUAAAAAUUUUUGCCAAAAAAAGUUUGAGCGCUGAUGCCAAAUUCAAAGUAUACUUGAUCUUCUGUACCGCCUUUGUGAAUCCUCACUACAAUACCUUUAGUCUACCAAUUCGUCCAAGUCAUCAUCCCUACAUUGUCCAAUGCCUUAUUACAUGUGGUGGCACUUCGAAUGCAACAAUCUGCUAAAAACUUUGUUAUUUAUAAAAAUUUCCAAGGUGAAGAACAUAGAUGUCAAGAACAGAUAAAGGCUGAAGGAAAGUAUAACUAGCUGAAGAAUCAUGUGAAGCUAUUCAUCUCUUUUAAGACAUUCAUGUAUGGAAUUAAUCUUUUUUUGGAUUCCUUUCUGAAAUGUGUGGUUGUCACAAAAAGAUCUUCAUUUCAGUAUGGGAGGAGAGUAUGGUGGCCAUCUCAAGUUUAUUUAGGAAUACUUGCAGCCAUAUCCCUGACUAAUGCACAGUCUUCUGAGGUUAAGUGCCCUUUGUUCAUCUUGUUCCAUGUCAAUCAGUCUUAACAUAUUUGUAUUGGAAAUCACUACACUCGGCAAAUUAGAAAAGUAAUCCAUAGCAGCUACCUGAAUUUCUGAUCAUGGCAACCUGAAGUUAAUGUGUCACAGGCAUCUUGUUUCAAUCCUCAUUUGACAUUCCUUGGGUCUUACUGUAAUUGGUUUCAGAACUUUUAUCAUGGGUAACAAAAUCUUGAUGCAACAUCUAGGAUUUGUAUGAUGGGGAGAGAAGAAUUUUGUUUAGGAUGUUUCCAUCCCAAAUAAAUGCCAAGGGUUAUAUUAUUAUGUGAGUUAUGUCCCCCUUGCAGUCUUCUGCUAUUACUUAUCUUAUUCUUAAUGGGUGGAGAUGAAACUCUUUCUAGGCUCCCGGAACUUGAAAGUAUUAGUAAGAUCAACUCCCCACUUGUAUGCUAAAUCGGCAGCCUAAAAUAUGAAUAAGUAGAUCGUUGCAAGGUGGGCUAGAAAUGACAACACCAUUUGAACGAUUGAUCAUUCAAUUGAAUUACUAUGCAUAAUAAGAUGUUUUUGAGAGAUUGAAUGAUGAUAUUCAUCUCUCUCCAGGUUCAAGGAUGACUAUCUGCAAUUGAGAGUCAGGAGUACCUGCUGAAGAGAACCUUUCCAUAAUAUUGUUUGUAGCAUGCUCAAGAUGAAAGGCAUAUAUUAAAAUUGGUUUAAUCCAAAUGAUCCUGAUGGAUGCUGUCACCUGCUGCUGUGCCUGGAUUUCUCUAAGAGCACCAUCUAAGUUGAAAUUUAUGCAUCCAACAGGUGCCAAGAUCUAACUAAAGUUCUAGGGAUGUGCCCAAUUUUGAACUUUCUGAGAAGUUUGGAUUUUUAAGCAAUUCAUUCUGAACAUUCCCAGUUUUCGCUAAAUAACUAAAAAGCAUUUCAAUUUGA